AGACUAUAAUUGGUAUAACUGACACCCAAAGUCCAGGACCCCCCCCCCACCAUCUCGACAGGCAAUGUUGCGGGCCGCGGUUACCCUGUGCCUGCUGUGUCUGGCCUGCGGACCCAUACUUGGACAAGCUGUAAAGACACGAUUUCCCUUUGGUUUCGGACGGCUAUCGGGUCCUUUAUCGAAGAACGAAAGGUUUAGAAAUAUGGUGCAUAAGUUCACGUCUGACUCAAAAUUCCUUAGAGGGCAGCUAUGGAAAACGACCAAUGUCUUAACGCAGGGAUCGACUAUGUCUGAUACUGGUAAUGAUAAAGAAGAGAAUAAAAUUGAAACAGAAAUUAAAACAAAGGUAAAUGACGCGUUUCAACGUUUAAUGAAACAUAAUCCUGAUCACUCUUCCAUGCUGGACACAAGUCAGAUGAAUGCAGCCAUGGACAAAAUAAUGGCAAAAUCCAAACAGAGGCUCCAAUCUGGAAAUGGCCAACUCAAGAAAAAUGAAGUCGACGGUGACCAGCCAUUUACGUCUGUCGAAGAAUGUGUUUAUCAGUCGAAGAAUGAUGUUGCAUGUGAUCCGAAAACCUCAGAGAGAAAGCUGUUGCUUUUGAAGGGAAAUCCUGGGUACUGUAGACCUUACCACAUAAUGCGAUGUAUUCCAAAAGAUUAUACAAAUGAUGAAACGAAAGAGGAAAAGGUUGAGUCCAACAUCGACGUAACUAUAACACCCAUUAAAAGCGUUGCGACGACAGAUACAGAGACGACUAUAGAUAAUGCAAUACCAGAGGAAACGACGACGGAAUUUGCCAGUGGAACUGUUACGCAUUCCUCAAAUAUCGAAGAUAGUACGAAUGGAAGCGACGCAGUGGUGCACCUACAACUAGACGAAGAGGUCGAUGUUGCUCCUUCAAACACUGACCAGCCCGAUACAACCAAUGGAAACGACGCAGUGGUGAACCUACAACUACAGGAAGAAGUCGAUGUUACUCCUUUAAACACUGACCAGCCCGACGAAAUUGAAGGCCACAGCGAAGAUGACGACGAUAAUGGGAACGGUGGCAGUGCUGAUGAAGAUAAUGGCAACGGUGGCAAUGAUGAUGAAGAUAAUGGCAACGGUGGCAAUGAUGAUGAAGAUAAUGGCAACGGUGGCAAUGAUGAUAAAGAUAAUGUGAACGGUGGCAAUGAUGAUGAUGAUAAUGUGAACGGUGGCAAUGAUGAUGAAGAUAAUGGAAACGGUGGCAAUCACAAUGAAGAUAAUGGGAGCGGUGGCAAUGAUGAUGAAGAUAAGAAUGACCGUGGAUUAGAAAGCGAGUCCCAGUCAGUUCUGUCAAUGAAACGUCGAGAAGUGGAGUUUGUUGCUGUUGAUCCCUUUUCCAUCCUUGGUAAGAAAAUUAAGGACGCCCGGACAGCUUCUCGAGAGUCGUCCAGAAUUGACCAGGACAAGCAAGAGGCUGUACUUGUGAACACAGAAGGAGACGAUGAGAAGGAAAAAGAGAAGGAGUUGGAAAAGGAUGGAGUUCCGUUCAAGUCCGCACUACCAAAGAAGUGUCGAUAUGAAAAGGUUAAAGAGUGUGACGCAGACGAGACGAUCCUUCUCCAGCUUAGUCUGAGGACGUUCUUCAACCGGUGGAGAUGUGAUAGGCGCAUUCGGGUCCCGUGCUCUGUUUAUGAGUCUUCAGGUUCUGUUGGAGACGUAGAGAAGGAACCAAAACGCCAAGUGAACACCGCACGAACAUUAACUGCAUUUGAACGCCUUAUCGCCCUUGGUAAGAACACUAUGGACGACCGGACAGCUUCUCGAGAGUCUCCCAGAAGGGAACUUGUGAACACGGGUGGAAAUGACGAGGAGAAAGAAGAAAAAGAUGAAGUUCCGCUUUUCGACGCGAUCCCAAAAGGUUGUCGAUACAAGAAGGAUGGAGAAUGUGAGGGUAACGAGAUCCUUCUCAAGCUUAGUCUAAGGACGUUCUUCAACCUGAGGAGAUGUGAGAGGCGCAUUCGGGUCCCGUGCUCUGUUUUUGAGGACGUAGAGAAAGAGCCACAACGACUAGUGAAGAACGCAGGAGCCUUUACUAAUCUUGGUCCAUUUUCCGCCUUUGGUACGAAAAUUAAGAACGCCCGGAUUGCUUCACAGGAGUCCAACAGAAAGGAACAGCAAGAAAACGGAAGUGCCGAUGGUGUGGUAGACCAGGAGGAUGGAGUCCCGUCGUAUUCUGAAAUCCCGAGAGGAUGCCGCUACCGGGAGGACGGCGAAUGCGACCCACUUAGUGGUACUAUGCUCAUGAGGCGGGUGAGAACCUGGGGUUGGCGGUGCCCGAGACGCAUUCGUGUCAACUGUACGCUAGAUAAGUCGGAAGUUAAGGACCAAGACACGGAGGUAGAGGUUGAUAAAGGAGAUGGCGAGGACAUUACAGCUCUCGGCAAAGCAUUGAACAAUGACCCUGCCGUGGAACUUGACCAUGAUGAUGGUGAAACGAUGAGCGCUGACGAUGAAACUGCAGGAACGUCCGAAGAAAGACAGCUUCUUGUCCAGCCUCAAGAAAUUGAACCUACGGCUGAGGAGCUGAAGAAGAUCGGUGAGCGCCUAAUGAACGGCUUACCAAAACUACUUUCGUUGCUGGAGGAGCAGGGUGUUACAGGCCAGGACAUGACGACCAUGAUGGGCGGGCGUACCCCGGGCUCCGGCAUCGGCUUCCGAGAAAUGGUGGAGCAGCUGCUGACCACGGAACAGUUUGUAGAUGCGGUCACAAGGAUCCUAGGUGCAACGUCAGCUGAGAUCCUCGCCAUGCAGCCUACACAUUUACUGGAGGCGCUCUUUGAAGUCAUUGAAGUGUAACUGAAGUCUUAAUGUGCACAGAAUGCCGGAAAUACUGUUUUGCAUAUCUUAAAAAGAGUAUUUUAUGAUGAAAAAUAAAGCAAUCUACUCGUUCGUUGUUAUUUGACAUGCGUGCCUCUUUUUCUUCAGAAACACAACUAUAAACUGAAUUUCUUUUGUUUUGUUCCUCUAUUCCGCUGAACAUUGUCAGCUUGUUACAAUGUCUACUCAUUAUUACAUGUAAUUGUCAGUUUGCUUCGAUAAAACCUAACAUUUCAACUGUUUUCCUAGUAGAUCAUGUGUC